AUGCUCAUGCCUUCAUCUCUAAGUGUGAGGCUUGUCAAAAGGCAGGGAACAUCACGGAGGAACGAGAUGCCUCAGAAUCCUAUCUUGGAAGUUGAAGUGUUUGACGUAUGGGGAAUAGACUUUGUUGGUCCUUUCAACCCGACUCUCACGGCAACUUACAUUCUAGUGCCGUUGACUAUGUCUCAAAAUGGGUGGAAGCAUAGCCGCACCAACCAACGAUGCCAAAGUGGUCCUCAAGCUGUUCAAGACUAUAAUCUUUCCGAGGUUUGGGUUCCAAGAUGUGUGAUCAGUGAUGGAGGAUCUCACUUUGUCAACAAGGUGUUUGAAAACCUUUUGAAAAAGUAUGGGGUGAAGCACAAGAUAGCCACACCAUACCACCCUCAAACUAGUGGUCAAGUGGAGGUUCUAACAAGCAAAUCAAAGCCAUACUCCACAAGACAGUGA